ACCGUCCAAAACACUUUUGGACAGUGAGAUUGAGAGCGGUGGGAGGAGCGGUAAAUGUUGAGCGGUAGGAUAGACUUUUGGCAGCAAUUUAAUCGCCACGUUAAAAAAGGCGCGAGAGUAAAGAUGCAACCGUUAAGAACCCUUCACUACCCUCCCUAUAAACCGCGAGUUUCAUACUUGUUUCUGCACUUUGUCCUCUCUUUUUUGUGUGUGUCUGGAACUUGUUCAACUUCUUCUCCAAUGGAUGAAAACAACACGGUACAAAUCCCAUUCACGCAAUCGCCACCAAACCCUUCACCUUCUUUACCCCUGCAGUUGUCCGGUUUCUUGAACGGCGACACCGUUCAGGUCCAAGGAGACACCGAGGCCUUUCAAUUCGCCGUUCAAUUCAACAUCCACCACAAACACCACCAUCGCAACUCGGAGACUCACGUCCAGUUUCCAAACGCAACCGAAGAAGACCGAACGUCUCUCAAUACUGCCUCAUUGUCAUACCUGACUCCCGUUACAACACACAGAAAUGAAGAAGAAAACGAAACUCAUGGGGAACCAAGUCGUGAAGGAAGCAGCGGAGAAGAGAAUGCGUUCGUUUUAACGAGGUUGAGAAGUGGAGUUCUGUCUCGGGUAAAGUAUUUUCCUCCUCCGGGAACGACUACUGGUUCCGGGCAUCGGAGUUUGUGUUCCUGGAAGAAACAGAGGGUGAGGAUAGAGAAAGGGAAAGGGAUAGCGAAGGAGACAGGGGAUGUGCUCGAGAGGGUGCUCAGAAGACGUCGCUUUCCGGUUAGACCGUGCAGUUCCUACACUUUCUUUGUGACGACUACUUGGGGUGUGGCAAAUUCUGAAUCCUUUUCAUUUGGGGAGACAAGCAAGAGGUUGAGUAAGAUGUGGUGCAGCCUUCCACAUGAUGAGAAGAAGGUAUAUGAAGACAUGGCUCUGAAAGAUAAUGCAAGGUACAAACUACAACGCAACCUAUGGAAGAAUCAAGUGCAUAAUAAGGUGAAUUAGAGGAACGAAAGACGGUAGCAGUUUUGAUGGAUUUAGCAAAGAUGUGGAUGAUCAAAAUGUCGAGUUUCAAAUUGUAUCUGUUUCUGUGUACCGAUGAAAUUAUUUGACGCUUUUGUUGUAUAAGCAGAUCUGAUCUUCAGGCAAUGCAGCAGCAGGGUACAUGCAGUUACUGUAAUUUAUUUCAUGUAUAUUUAGUGCUAUAUAUAUGUGACAUAUUUGAGAUGUGU